AUGUCAGACGAGAUCAUUUGGCAAGUGAUCAACCAGCAUUUUUGUGCUUACAAGCUCAAGACCGACAAGGGACAGAACUUUUGCAGAAACGAGUACAAUGUUACCGGGCUUUGUAACAGACAGUCUUGUCCACUGGCCAAUGCUAAGUAUGCCACUGUGAAAAAUGUUUCGGGCAGGCUUUAUUUAUAUAUGAAAACCGCCGAAAGAGCCCACACGCCGGCGAAGCUUUGGGAAAGAAUCAAGCUUUCGAAGAAUUAUUCAAAGGCUCUAAAACAGGUAGACGAUCAUCUGCUUUACUGGAAUAAGUUUUUAAUCCACAAGUGCAAACAACGUCUUACCAGACUCAUGCAGGUGGCAAUUACAGAGAGACGCAUGGAAUUGCGCGAGGAGGAGAGACAUUAUGUAGGCGUAGCGCCCAAGGUGAAAAGGCGGGAGGAAAACAGAGAAAGAAAAGCAUUGGCAGCGGCGAAGAUCGAGAAAGCCAUUGAGAAAGAGCUUUUAGAUAGACUGAAGAGUGGUGCGUACGGUGACAAACCAUUGAACGUUGACGAAAAGAUCUGGCAAAAGGUGCUUGGUCGCGUGGAAGACGAGGAGGAGCUGGAAGAGGACGAAUGGGACGAAGAAGAAGAAUCUGACGGGGAAGUCGAGUACGUUGAGGACGACGGCGAGGAUGAUCUUGUCGAAGUGGAAGACUUGAAGAGCUGGCUAGACGGCUCAGACGCGUCCGGUACGGAUUCGUCAGACGAGGAUGAAAGCGACAGUGACAGCGAGAGCGAGAGCGGCAACGAUGCUAUUGAAGGUGACGAGACUUCUGAAGCCGCUAGCAAACGCAAGAAACCUUCUGCGCCCUCCAAAAGAAAGAGGCCAAGAGUCGAGAUCGAGUACGAAGAAGAAACACAAGCACCACAGCGCGAGUUGGCGCACUGA